UGCGUUGUUAGACUCAGACCUACUGUAACUAUUGAUUGUUGGUGCAAUUUCUCAAGUGUGUACAAAUACAUGUAAAAAAAAAUAUGUGUUAUUUGUGACUCAAGCCAUUUUGAAAGAUGACGCAGACAACUAGUGACUUGGACAAGUACCUCCGUGUCAGCAUCAUUGUUGGAUUAACAAUGCUUGUGAUCUGCACAUGGCUAAUAACAGACUUUUGCUUGUUUCAUCGAGAGAAAGUGAAGCAAAGGGAAAAGAAAACGGCAUCUGCUCCAGUAAAGAAACCCAAAAGACUACAAAUGCACCAUUUAUCUGCGCCUGUUUCGUCAGAUUUACAAGAAUGUUCACGUGAACUACAAGUGACAGGAAAAACGCCUAGGUGUUUGAUACCAAUGCAAGAAUCUCUUUCGUCCCCAGCAGAAAAUAGGUUUGUCCCGAAACAACAUAAGCUUAAAAAGAAACUCAAAGCAAAAGCAGUCAACUCGCCACGAAAUCUUCAGAGAAAGUCUUCUGAUGAGAAAGGUUCCUUUAGGCUGUCGGAAGACGAGGAACUUGAUUUGUUUCCUGUGAUUCAGAAUGAUAAACGAGACGAAAGCGUGGAAAAUGAGACAGAUGUGCCUUCAGAUAGUGUAAACCAGUAGAACCUUGUAUUCCAACUUUUAUAUUUUCAAUUUUUUUGUAAAAAAAG